GCGUCCAAAUUUGUGGUUAAUAAAACGCUCCCUUCGCUUUCGAUUAACUACCUCCACCGCUUCCAACACCGCGUUUGGCUCACACACUACUCACCUUCUUUCACAAAUAACGCGUUUGCGUCACCAAAUCGCCUUCCUAUAAAGUGCGAGUUACCGCAACUCAGCAAACCGAGUCCUCUCUCGGCGACGCCAUGGACGAGGAGGUGCGCAAGAUCUUCAGCAAGUUCGACAAGAACGGCGACGGCAAGAUCUCCAGCGCCGAGCUCAAGGACCUCAUGGCGGCGCUGGGAUCCAAGACCACGGCGGAGGAGGUGCGCCGCAUGAUGGCGGAGCUGGACCAGAACGGCGACGGCUACAUUGACCUAAAGGAGUUCGGGGAGUUUCACUGCGGCGGCGGCGGCGGCGACGGGAGGGAGCUCCGGGAGGCGUUCGAGCUGUACGAUCUGGACAAGAACGGGCUGAUCUCGGCGAAGGAGCUGCAUUCGGUGAUGAGGAGGUUGGGGGAGAAGUGCUCCCUCAGUGACUGCCGGAGGAUGAUCGGAAACGUCGACGCCGACGGCGAUGGCAGCGUCAAUUUCGAAGAGUUCAAGAAGAUGAUGACUCGCUCCUAGUUUAGCACUCUCUUUUAUGUUGCGGUUUCUUCCUGCUUCAUAAUGAGAGGUGGUGGCAAUGUUUUCUUCACCAGCUCUACUAUUUCACUCACCUCUUCGUCUGGAAAACGCUCCUCACAAUUCUCUAUCAUCUGUGUAAUGAAACUGAUUUCAGUUUCGCAAGGGUAGUACUAGUAGCUAUCAAAUAGACUAAAUAUUUUAAACCAUGUUAUUAGUUCUCCUACA